CACCAAACUCCUUUUAAAACAUCACCUUCACCAUUACAGUCUCCCAUUUUUACUUCCUUCUCGCUCUUUCCCCUUUUCCACCGUUUUUCUCUCUCAUCGACGCCAUUGUUACAGUCAAGAUACCAUUUCAAGCAUCAACACCUAUUUUGUAACAGGAGUAAGUUGAUCAUCACAAGGAAGAAAUCAUGAGUUCGCAGUUGGAAAUUCAACCUCGUGAGCUUAAAUUUGUUGUUGAACUAAACAAACAGAGCAAGUGUACUGUCCGCCUCGUCAACAAAACAGAUCAACAUCUUGCCUUCAAGGUUAAGACUACAUCACCCAAGAAAUAUUGUGUGCGGCCUAAUGUUGGUGUUAUUCAGCCCAAAUCGGUUCAUGAAUUCGUUGUUAUCAUGCAAGCUAUAAAAACAGCUUCAGUUGAGCUGGCAUGCAAAGACAAGUUCCUGGUUCAAAGCACAAUUGUUCCCGAUGGAACAUUGGAAGAGGAUAUUACAUCUGAAAUGUUCUCUAAAGAUGGUGUGAAAUUUGUUGAAGACAUUAAAAUGAGGGUGAACCUCGUUUUCAAAGCACCCCAUUCCCCAGAGUCAACCACCAACGAAAUACUGAAGCAGGCUGAUGCAAAUGUUGAGUCACAAGUUAUAAAUGAUGACUCUAAGCCAGUGAAGGAUGCAGAUGUUACUCCUACUCAAGAUGUAAAAUCAGAAAAAACUAAGCUGAUGAAAAUUGAACCGAUCGAUGCUGUUGUUUCAAGUGUGCAGAAAGAUGUGGAGACUGAAGUUACUAAAGAUGUAGAACCAAUGACAAGAAUCAAUGAGGAAUCAAAAGUAAUCGAAUCAAGAAUGUCAACGGAUGAUGAGGAACAAAGAUUAUUUAGGGAUGUUGAAGAAAUGAAAUCCAAAUUGCAUGAACUUGAGUCAAAGCUAAGCAAGGCCGAAAUGACCAUUUCAAAUUUGACGGAAGACAGGAGGCAAGUCAUUCAAGAAAGGGAGUCACUGAAACAAGAAAUGGAUUUUCUAAGAACGAGAAAAGUAGAAAGAAGAGUACAGGAUGGAUUUCCCCUUCUGUUUGUCUGCAUGGUAGCCCUCUUCAGUCUCAUUGCUGGAUAUGGCUUUCAUCCGUGAGAAAUCAGUGUUGAGUGUCAAUCCGCACUCUUAGCCCCUUCGAAUAAAAAGAAGGUAUCCCUUGUCCGCGUAAUUUGCAGAGCCAGGUUAAGCUGGGAUAGUAGUUUUGGGAACCAGGAGGUAUUGUGCAUAUGUUAGAUUUUGAGGUGUUUUUAUAAUAUAUCUGUACAUGACCAUACAAAUCCUCCCUCUUUUAUAUUACUCCUCGAGUGAACGAGAGUAACUCAGAAUACUCGAUAGUAUAUGAGUCACAAUCGUUUUGUUGUGUGUUGAUAGUUAUAUAGAUAUAGUAUGUUUUAGCCUCUUCUUUGUACUACUGUAUCAGAUUAUUGCAAGUGUUUGUGUGGAUAA